AUGCUCAGCGCAGAACUUCGUUCCCAACCCCAACCCCGCACUCAACGCGCACUCAGCAUGGCUUCAGAAACACAAAAGUCCAGAGACGCCGUCGUCAGUGCCUAUUCAAAACCCCACCUCUACGACCUCGAUGCAUACUACUCCCAAUUCAACCCCUCGACCCGUGCAAAGGCAACGGCACAAGACGCCACCACUUCCCCUUCAUCACCAUUACAAUCACGCUUCUCCGACACCACUUCCUACGCGGAAAAAGUCGACCUCUACAAGCGCCCCACCUCCUCUCCCAUGCCUCCUCAUACCUCCGCCAACCUCGAGGCCAAGCGCCAGAGGCACGAGCAGCAACAACAGCAGGACCGGCUUGAGCGCCAACAGGCCAAACAGGAGCGGAAGCAGAAGCAGCAGGACUACAAACAGAUAUAUCAAAACCAACUCAACUACCAGACCGAGAUGGACGAGAAGGAGAAGAAGCCACGGCGCCAGCAACUUUCACAGCCCAUCUCCAUCCCCUCGUCGGCCAACACCUCUUCCGAAAUAUCCAUCUUCUCAACAGACACCUCAGACACUCUUAUAUCCCAGCUCUCUACGCCCACAAACGAGAUGUACUACUAUGCCAGUCGGCACCAGCAGAGCGAGCGACCCAACUACUACUACCAAGACCACUCCGCCUCCAUCUCCCAACAGUCGCGUCUCGACAGCCUUACCUCGACGACCUCGGGUUCUUCGUUGUCUCACAAAACAAAAGUCUCUGCGGAACAAACACGCUCACUCAGUCUCAAGACUCAGUCGACAAAAUCGAUGUAUGAUCUCCGCCCCAGGCAUGGCGGUCAGCAGUCUCCGGGGUUGGAACACCAUCAGCGAGACUAUGAGAGCGACGAGACUCUAUCGCAGGGCUGGGACUCGUUGAUGGACACUCUCCAUUCCCCCUCGAUGCCCUCUUCACUCGAUGCAGUCAAUUGGGAGUCCAUGUCGAGGGACGACAUGGAGACUGAGCAGGUCGAGGCGUCUCUCGAGAACUUGACCCUGACCUCCACUGACAGCAAGAACGGCAAAGGGAGAUACUUGUUGGUCUUGGGUGCUAACGGUCGAACUGGUUUGGAGGUUGUGAGGCAGGCUCUUGAGCGGAAUUACAGGGUCACAGCCUUCGUCAGGGACGACAGGGCCCUGGUCGGGGAUGCCUCGCUCCGCAAACACCAGAAUCUCCUUAUCGUCCGAGGUUCGCCAACGUGCCAAAGCGAUAUCGAUCGCUGCGUCGAUGGCCAAGAUGUUAUCAUCAACGUUAUUGGAGCACGACCCAUGUCGGGUGACACCACCAUCAGCUCCCAUUCUCAGGUCGUCCUGAACAACUCGAUGAAGAAGCAUGGUGUCCGGCGGUUGAUUGUGGUGACAUCCUAUGGCUGUCUCGGCCUCCGAAACUACCUCAUCAGCACCAAACGCCUGUUCUCACGCAUGUUCAUGACAGGUAUCCUCAAGGACAAGGUCCUCCAAGAAGAUAUCAUCCAACGCGAUUCAGCCUCAAUCGAUUGGUCCAUCAUCCGCCCCGUGACUCUCAAAGACGGUGAACUCUCUGAGAGGUACUGGGUCAGUUCUGACAAGCUGCCCAAGGACAAUAAGAUCAAGAUCCUGUCACGACACGACUUGGCCUAUUACAUGCUCGAGAUUGUCAACAUGCCGCGUGAGUAUGGCACGAUCCGGAGUAUUGCCGGCAAACCGAAACCGUUCAAGGCCAAGCCGUUCUGCCCGUUUGAGCGGCGGCGGGAUGCGCAGGAGCUGGCCAAAACGCAAAAGGAGAUGGAGAAGGAGAAGAAGGAGAAGGAGCUUGAGAGGGAGCGGGAACAGUCCCUAGCCGCCGUGUCCAGCAAAAACUAG